AUGGAUGGCAUGAAGGAAGAGGACAUCUAUGACUUUCUACCAGAGCAUUUGACUACAGACAUGAAGGGUAGUAGUACUUGGACACCAACUUGCAAAGAAGAACCGUGUUUGUCGCAUGAGAUUAAAGGAGAGAAGUUUCAAGUCAUGGAAUUAAGCGGUCAUGAGAGCACUUCUGAAAUUCAACCAUCAGCUCCAUCAAAACAAGGAAUAUCUCUGAAGGCGAUUAAAGAGGAGGACCUUCAUGAUUUCCUCCCAGAGUAUUUGUACAGAACUAAGGAGGAAGAGAAUGAAACUGACACAUUGGACAUGAAAGAAAAAGACUUGGACAUGAAAAAGGAACCAGAGUCUUCUCGAAUGGAACAAAAUGCACACUUGGCUCCAACAGGUGAACACCAGAAAGCUAAUAUUAACACAGUCAGAUUCCAGUGUGUUACAUAUGGUAAAGACUUUUCCAGGAGAGGUGACCUCAACUGGCAUCAAAUAACCCAUACCGGAGAAAGGCCUUACCAGUGUGCUACAUGUUUAAAAGACUUUGCCAGCAGAGUUAACCUCAAGCGGCAUCAAAUAACCCAUACUGGGGAAAGGCCUUACCAGUGUGCCAUAUGUGGAAAAGGCUUUACACAGAAAGGUGACCUCAUCACCCAUCAGAGAACCCACACUGGAGAGAAACCAUUUCAGUGUUCAACAUGCGGUGCAGCUUUUUCACACAGCAUGUCUUUAUCUAAUCACCAGAGAAAACAUACAGGGGAAAGGCCCUACCAGUGUGCUACAUGUGGAAAAGGCUUUUACCGGAAAUUUGCCCUCAGCCAGCACCAGAGAAUCCAUACUGGAGAAAAGCCUCACCAGUGUGCUACAUGUGGACAAGACUUUGCCAGGAAAGGUGACCUCACCACCCAUCAGAGAACCCAUACUGGGGAAAAACCAUAUCAGUGUUCAACAUGCAGUGCAGCUUUUUCACAAGGCAGCCACUUAGCUAAGCACCAGAGAAUCCAUACUGGGGAAAGACCUUACCAGUGUGCUACAUGUGGACAAGAAUUUGCCAGGAAAGGUGACCUCACCACCCAUCAGAGAACCCAUACUGGGGAAAAACCAUAUCCAUGUUCAACAUGCGGUGCAGCCUUUUCACAGAGAAGCUCUUUAGUUGCUCACCAGAGAAUUCAUACCAGGGAAAGGCCUCACGAGUGUGCUACAUGUGGAAAAGGCUUUGCCAGGAAAGGUGACCUCAUCACCCAUCAGAGAACCCAUACUGGAGAAAAACCAUAUCCAUGUUCAACAUGCGGUGCAGCCUUUUCAAGAAACAUCUCUUUAGCUGAUCACCAGAGAAUCCAUACUGGGGAUAGGCCUUACCAGUGUGCUACAUGUGGAAAAGGCUUUGCCAGGAAAGGUGACCUCAUCACCCAUCAGAGAACCCAUACUGGAGAAAAACCAUAUUCAUGUUCAACAUGCGGUGCAGCCUUUUCACAGAGAAGCUCUUUAGCUGCUCACCAGAGAAUUCAUACCAGGGAAAGGCCUCAUGAGUGUGCUACAUGUGGAAAAGGCUUUGCCAGGAAAGGUGACCUCAUCAAGCAUCAGAGAACCCAUACUGGAUAAAAGCCAGUGUACCACGUGUGGAAAAGAUUUUACACGUAAAAAUGCCCUCAUCACCCACCAGGAAAUCCACAUUGACAACAAUUAACAGCAGUGCAGAAGUCUGUGAAGAGCAUCUGAUGAGAUGAGACUGGAGAACAAGACCUGUUGCACUGUGUUCCAUCUGCAUGUUGUAUAGGAAUCAUACUUGUUGUAAAUUCAGUUCUAUUGUACAUUUAGUUCAUAAGAUAUUCAACAUCAAUGUAUUGGAUUUAUUUGUGGUGAGGAUCAUGAUAUAGAUGAUACUAUGUACAGAAAAUGACAAGUCAAUGUAAUUACAAUAGAUUAUAAA